AUGCUUGGUGAAAAAAUAGAAGAAUAUGAAAUACUUGAACAUCUUGGCAAGGGUGGCUUUGCUCAUGUCUAUAGAGCACGAUGCAAUAAAAGUGGACACUAUGUUGCUAUCAAAAUGAUAGACAAAGCUUUAAUGGCAAGUGCUGGUAUGAUAGAAAGAGUACGACAAGAGGUCACAAUACACUCUAGGUUAAAACAUCCUGCUAUCUUAGAACUGUACACAUUUUUUGAAGAUGCACAUUAUGUUUAUUUAGUUUUAGAAUUAGCACAUAAUGGUGAAUUAGCUAAACAUUUUAAAUUAGGUACCCGUGGUCUUAGUGAAAAGGCUGCAGCUGAUAUAUUUAGACAAGUUGUGAGUGGUGUUUUAUACCUACAUACUCAUAAUAUUAUUCAUAGAGAUCUUUCUCUUAACAAUUUAUUGCUUACAAAAGAUCUUAAUGUUAAAAUAGCUGACUUUGGCUUAGCAACUCAGUUAAAUGGACCUGAUGAAAAACAUGUAACUAUGUGUGGGACACCUAACUAUAUAUCUCCUGAAGUAGCUUCCAGAGAAAUGCAUGGCUUGCCUGCAGAUGUCUGGGGCUUAGGAUGUAUGCUAUAUACAUUGUUAGUAGGCAGCCCUCCAUUUCAUACACAACAUAUAAAAACAACCUUAAAUAAAGUAAUUAAUGCUGAUUACAAAAUACCAUCUGAACUCUCCAUUCAUGCACAAGAUUUAUUGCAGAAACUGUUAUGCAAGGAUCCAUCAAGAAGGAUAACAUUAAAGGGUAUUAUGGAGCACCGUUUCCUAAAUAACUUUUGCAACAUACUUCCAAAACAAGACUUAUCCAGAGAUUCUGGAUUUCUUACCACACUUCAUAGUACACAACACAGUCAAAAGACUAGAAGUUCUGAAAAAAAUACUAAUGAGGGCUUGGAUUUAUUUAGUGAACAAAAUAAUUUUAAUAAGGGUAGUGUUUCAAAUAAAUUUACGGAACAAAAUUCUUAUAACUUUUUUGAUGCCAGACAGCAAAAUUAUUUCUCCUCUACAAGCAGUGAACCUUUAAAACUCAUAACAGAUAAUCAUAAAAAAGCUCCAGAAUAUAAUAUGGUAGUUCCAAAACUUGAAAGUCCAUGUCAUAGUGCUAACCUUUUAGAAAAGUUAAAAAAGGUUGAUAUAAAACAUGACAAAGUAGAAUCAAUGAAUAGCAACAAUAAAGAAAACUUGACAAAGCCAUGUAUGUUGAAUUCUAAUACACUUACUGUUCCACCUCUUUGUGCUGAUAGAUUACCUACAAUUUCUCACAGAACACGUAAUGCUAUAUUAAAAAUUGAAUCAUCUGGUGUCAUCGUAGAGUUCAUCAAGAAAAAAGGUAAAGAUAGAGAAGCAAAAGUUGUAGAGAUUUGCAAAAUAUCUAAAGAUGGAAUGAAAAUUAAUAUAUAUUCAGUAGACAAAGAAAGGGAAAAGAACCCUAAUACAGCACACCAUAUUAACCCUGACGAAAUAUUUUCUUAUCAUAAUCUACCACAAAAACACUGGAAAAAGUACCUAUAUGCUGCUCGAUUUGUGGAUUUAGUAAAAGCUAAAACACCAAAAAUCACUCUUUACACUUCCCUAGCAAAAUGUCAACUUAUGGAAAAUAGUACUGACAUUGAAAUGUUCUUCUAUAAUGGUGAAAAAAUAAUAUUUAUGCCAACAGAUGGUUUAAAAGUAAUAGAUAAAAAUCUAAAAACUCACACUAAUACUAAAAUUAAUCCAGAAUUAAAAUAUUUAAUUGAUCAUUUUGAGGAAUGUUCUAGUCGCCUAAAUAGAAUACAAAAUGCACUUUCUUGUAUUCCUGAUGAAUGUUUCCCUUUAAUAAUUGGUAAAAGGCCACAUCCACCAAAUAAUAAUUCACCAUCAUCACAAGGAUUUUCUAAUGCAGAACGCAACUUUAACACUCCAUUAUUUAACUUAGGAUCUUUCCACCGAACUACAACUUGCUCUAGUCAUACACAAAGUGAGGACAAGUAU